GGGGACGGUAGAGAAGCGCCAAAGAUUAGGGAAUAUGUUUAGCUAACUGUAUAAAUUAAGUUUGUAAAACAACAUAUUUAAAGUUAUCGACAAACAUGCACAAAGAAGACUUGUUUUAGUGUUCUUCAGAAGCGGAUAUCUUGGCGAUUUUUUCCCUGAAAGUGAUACGAAGCAGCAGAAUGUCAGUUCCCACCAACUCGCUUCAACAACAGUCCACAGUCAGACGUAGUAAUGCAGGGUCCCCCAGUUUAUCCAACAGCUGCCGUUUGCACCCCAUCCGUGCUACCGUGCCCUACCAGCUCCUACGCGGGGGCCAGAGCAGCCCGACACGCUCUCUGCCUCUCUCGGUUGGAGGCAACAAUGGACCGACAAAUAGCCGCGGGUCAUCUCCCCCAAGUGCGACACUGAAUCUUGGAGUAAAUUGCACUGGCGCCACGAGACAGAGACUGUCUCCUGAAAAUAGGGUCUCGCACUCACCUGACCGGAGUCCAAACUCACCCGUUUGUAGAGGAGAGAGGUCCAAACUGCAGGUGCGUAGCUCCAGUGCUAUCCGGCGGACAUCUUCCCUGGACGCCAUUAUGGGGCCGUACCUCACAGGCCAGUGGCCUCGUGACUCCCACGGACCCUACCCUUCCUGCAUGAAAGACAAAGCCACACAGACACCUGGUCUGUGGAUAGAGGAGGCUGGAGGGGAGCAGGGAAGCCCACACCAGCGGUCAGCCUCCUGGGGUAGUGCAGACCAUCUGAAAGAGCAGAUUGCUAAACUCAGGCUGCAGCUCCAGCGCAGUAAACAGGUCAGCCGCCAGAGCAAAGACCGAGAUCAACAGCUGGGACUACACACCAGCACCACAUGCCAUCCCCAGAAUAAGGUGGUUUCCACAGCCCUAUCGAACAUCCCAGUGCCAAAGUCCCUCAUAUCGAGAGUGCCUAGCAGUGUGGAGGGCAUCAACCACGAGCUGGAGAAUGUGUUCAUCAGAGAGGACUGGAAGCAGGGAAUACAGGCUUUGGACGUGUUGGACGGCCGCCGCGCCCCCUUUCAGCCUCAUCGCUACGGCACUGGCGGUGACACACGGGACACGGACACCCAGGCCCCCUCUAGUGGCGGUUCCAGCCCCUGGCCCUUCACCCCUGACCCCCCCCACUCCCCAGAAGGCAGCCCCUGCUCUGCAGAAGAGCUUGACAAAGACAGCGGCUGCGGCUCUCCCCUUCCCAAGUUUGCCACCUCUCCCAAACCCAACAACAGCUACAUGUUCAAACGGGAGCCUCCGGAGGGGUGUGAGAGGGUCAAAGUGUUUGAAGAGAUGGUGUCUGGUGUCUCCAGAGGCUUCCCUCUUUUUUCAUGCCCAGACAAAAACAAGGUGAACUUCAUCCCCAGGGGCUCCGCCUUCUGUCCCGUCAAACUCCUCUGCUCCUCCCACUUCACCACAACCUCGCCCAGCCCUGGUCUCCAUGGAAGAAGCAGCACAUGGCCCGAGGACGCCAUGACACCCGCUAGUUCCACUACUCUGGCCUCCACUAACUGGAGCUCGUCUAUAGGCACAGACAUGGUCAGUAGCUCAGACACAGGCGUAGGCACCGACACAAGCACAGAGAACAGCACAGACAGUCUGAGCCCAGACACUAACACAGACACAGGUGAACUGACAAGCACAGCAGUGGUCCCAGGUGGCCUGUCUACAGAUCCCUGCUCCACUACACACAUCCUUCUUACCAGCUAGUUCUCAGGUACAGUCCAGCUUAUGAGCAUUAGCCUGGUCCCAGAUCAGUUUGAGCUGUCUUGCUAACUCCUAUGGUCGCAAUGACCAUAGAAGGUAGCAAAAGUAGCACAACAGCACAACAGAUCUGGAACCAGGCUAGCUGAGUAUGGCUCUUUAACGCAACAUUAGCCAGCAAGGAGGGCCUAUCCUUACUAACCUAGCCUUCUCUUCUGAAAGGUGUGGCAGGCAACAUCCUCCAGAAAGACUUGUUUUCUAUUCAGAGAUUAGAUUCGAUUGUUUCAUGUAUUGUUCUUUAGCAAUCAGCUUUAUCAAAAUCAAUUCAAGAAAUUGAGAAAAAAAUAAGGGAAUUAAGCAAUGGGCAAGAGAAACAUAUUUUAUUGAAUUUUGAAAAUGUUUAUCUAACCAGCUUAUUUAGCUGUUCUGUGUUGCUAGCCAAUAUUACAGCAUGGAUAAGCGUUUUAAUAUAAAAUAAAAUAUCAUGCCUGUUUAUAUUAAAAACCCUAUUGGGAUGUCCUACAGUUACAAUACAAUGCUCCAAUUUUUCCUGAAUGUUUACACUUAUUUCAGGUCUCAAUCCAGUUUAUGUAAACACAUGACGAAAAGCUAAAGAAAGACGAUCUGAAAGUGACCAAACAGCCAGCUACAAAGCACAGUGUCCCCACAUAGCCUUGUUUCAGGUCCCCUGAAUAACCAAUGAACUCAGGUCAUUUGGAAUGUACUACAACUCAUGCAUGAACUUUGACGGUUGUCUUUUAUGGUUAAUUCAUGAUAUUACUCCUAAGACAUUCCAUAGUCUUUAUACAAGUGCUGAUUCUAAUCUUUCAACACGACAUAUUAAAGGAUUGCCAUCAAUAGAAAUGAUAACUUGGUGCACGGGAAAUCUGUAAAGAUAGUUUCAAGUGCUUAAAGAGACAUUCCAGAGGACAUAUUAAAGGAUUGCCAUCGAUAGAAAUGAUAACUUGGUGCAUGGGAAAUUUGUAAAGAUAGUUUCAAGUGCUUAAGAGACAUUCCAGAGGUUAUUAUAUUGUAGCUCCACGAUAUCAGCAGUAUUAGCUUUCAGAGCCUGUUCAAACUCCCUAGUGAUGAAAUUGAUAAAUAUGAGCUAUGACAUUUUACCAAAAUAAGGCCUAGAUUCAAUCGGAUUAAGUGUUAACCAGCGGUGUCUUGCGUUUUGGUGGCGUCAGGUGUUACUGCAUUGGAGCUGUCAAAUCGGUGAACAAACGCACCUGUGAUCAAUUUCACGAAGCCACACCCAUCUCACUCGCGAUAGAAGUUCAGAAAGUGUAGGCUAUAUAGAAAUAAUGAUGCUCAAAUUGAAAAUCACUAAACAAAGUAAUGAGAACUUCUAUCAGCCUAAUCGUUUAGAUUACAUCUCACAUUCCAGUGUUCGAACUUGUAAACAAGGUACAUGGGAUUUCUCUCAAUGCGUCUCCAUGCAGCCAAUGGCAAUGUCCGCUUUAGGUAUAACGCCGGGAGCCGCUUGUGGAUUUGACAGCUCUAAUGCGGGUGUUGACUAGUGCGCAUCUGAUAGAAUCUAGCCCUAAAAAAAAUGUUUUAUGCAUCAACAACAAAAAAAUUAGCAAAAAAGCAAAGCUGAAAGUUACUUAAAAAAAAAAACUAAAUAGAUAAGCAAUCAACAAACACUUAUAAUUCUGUCAAAAUCAGAAUUAACAUUGAGGCUAAUGAGAUAUUUUCAAAGCACUUAAUUCCAGGCGGGAUAAUAUUCACCAUAUAAUAUUUUACACAGUACUAUAUAAAAUGUAAAGCAAAUCAGAUAAUGUUAAGCGUGCAUCUUAGUGUUGAUUUGACGUUCAGUAUGGAGUAAAAUAUUUCAUGAAACUGGAUUUAAUCCUUUAAAAAACGUCGCCUUUAAAUAUAAAUCGAGCUAUAACGUGGACCUCCCCCGAUUACUUCUACGAUACGGAUUGAAUCCAGUCCCUAAGUAUCUUCAGUACAUUACGUUAAAACCCCCUAAUAUAAAAAUAAAACAAUUCAAGGAAAAACAAGCAAAACAAUCCACUCAAACCUGAUGUAUAUUUUGUCGGUAAAGAUGACCGCUGCUCGAUGACUAGUUUGAAUCAUACUAACAUUUUUUCCGAAGUUCCGCAAGGCUUGCCAUGUUCGGCACUAAUAUUCCAUGCCUGUGUAUUUCAUGUUUUAUAUGUAGACCUUGUGUUUUUACAAUAAAGUAAGCGUUAAAAUCA